GCGGAGCGAGAAGAGGGAGAUGGAGAGAUGAGGUCUGAGAAGGACCAGGUUCCCGCGAACAGGGACAAGGGGGGGGUGGAGAUCCAGUUCCGGGACCUCCCGCGGGACCAGGACCUGCUGCACCCGGGGGGCCUGAAGCCCAAGGAGGACAAGAAGGAGGUUUUCACCAAGGUGGUGAUCCGGCGUCUCCCUCCGACUCUCUCCAGGGAUCAGCUGGAGGAGCAGCUCAGUCCUCUUCCUUCCUACGACUACUUUGAGUUCUUCCCUGCAGAUCAGAGCCUGUAUCCUCACCUGUUCUCCAGAGCUUACAUCAACUUCAGGAACCCGGAGGAAAUCCUGCUGUUCAGGGACCGGUUCGACGGCUACGUCUUCAUCGACAACCGAGGCCAGGAGUUUCCCGCCGUGGUGGAAUUCGCUCCUUUCCAGAAGAUUUCCAAGAAGAAGCUGAAGAAGAAAGAUGCCAAAGCUGGAAGCAUCGAAGAAGAUCCGGAGUACCGGAGGUUCCUGGAGUUUUAUUCCUGCGAUGAGGAAAAGUCGAUGGCGAAUCCAGAGACGCUGCUGGGGGAGAUCGAGGCCCGGACCAAGGAGCUCAUAGCGCGGCGCACCACCCCCCUGCUGGAAUACAUCAAGAACAAGAAGAUUGAGAAGCAGAGGAUCCGGGAGGAGAAGAGGGAGGAGAGGAGGCGACGGGAGCUGGAGAAGAAGCGCCAGCGCGAGGAGGAGAAGAGGAAGAGACGGGAGGAGGAGCGACGCAAGAGGAAGGAGGCGGAGAAGCAGAAGAAGCUGUCGGACAAAGACAUCAAGAUCAAGCUGCUGAAGAAAAGCGACAGGGAGGACGAUGCUGAUCCGGACCGGCCCAAGGACAAGAGCGACGCCGGGGAGACGGACCGGGGCAAGUGGGACAAGACGGGAGGACAGACGGGAGGACAGACGGGAGGACAGACGAAGGUGAAGGAGCAAAAAGAAAAAGCUCCGGCCGACGGGGACAAGGAUCCUCCCGGCCGCCGGCCGCGAGACAGCAAGGACCACCGGGGGAAGGACGAGGACCGGAAGCGGCAGCAGCACCACUACGACUUCGACAAGUUCAUGAGGAGGAAGGACGAGACCAAGUGGGGGAAGAACUACUGCCAGGACCGGAUGGACCGGCCCAGGAAGGAGGGGCACCAGGGGCACCAGGGGCACCAGGGGCAUCACCACGGCUUCUACUGCCCCGACGGGGGCGACAAGACGGGCAGGGAGGACCGGGACGACCCGGGGAGGAAGGAGCAGCGGCUCCGGAACAAGGACCGACCCGCCAUGCAGCUCUACCAGCCCGGGUCCCGCAACAGGAAGCGCAUGAGCCCGGCCGGGAAAGGCUACGACUGCGUCGCCGUGAGCCGCUCGCCCGAACACAGGACGGAGACGGAGGGUGUCUCCACGGCAACGGGGCCGGAGAAGGACAAGGAGGAGGACUGAGCCAGACCAGGGCUGAUGGAGCAGCUCUGGACGCGUCCAGCAUCGUCUUCCCUCAUGAAGCGUCUCCUCCGUCUCCGUCUCCAGCUGCAGCUGAAGCUCGUCCCUCCUUCGCUGGAGAGUCGAUGUUCCUGCUCAGCGAGACUUUAACAGCUACAAACACGGAUCAUUCUGGAUGUCCCCGCGUCUCCAGGAGACGACCUCCGUCUCUCACCUACCAGGACAGUUAGGACACUUUUUUAUUUAUUUAUGUAUUUAUUCUUUAUUCCAUCCAUUGAUAAAAUAAAAUAACAAACUAUUUCAUAUAAACACAAAUGUUCCUAAAUUGUGAAUGAAAGGGAGCAGAAAGAAGAAGAAUCUUAUUUAAUCUGCACCUUUUUCCCAAGAAAUCAAUUUACAAAGAACGUAAAUUAAAAAACAACAACAGAGUUAACAAAAAACUAAAAUAAAAUAUCUGCCGGCGACACAGACACAAACAUUCCUUUUUAGUUCCCGAGUUACAAUUCAGUUAAUCCCAUUCAACAACAACAAUCAAUGUUUAAACCUUUCAUGACGAUGGGGAUGUCAAUCAAACUCAACUAACAUAUUUCAUUAUAUUUCCUUACUCUACUGGUUUUAAUUGUUCUUUUGAAUGUAAUGUUUCAUUUGGAUUCUUUGGUUUAUUUGUUCAGAUUCACUUACUGAUGUAGUUUAUCUCAAACAGCAGAUUUCUUUAUGUUUAUUUUUGUGAGCCGAGCUAAACACGAGCCAGGAAGAACUCCGUCGUAGAAAAGCAUCUUAGGCCGCGUUCAGACUGCAGGCAAAUAUAAUGACUCUUUUGAAGUCUGAACAGUCCCAAACCGCAUGAGAUCCAAUUUUUGCAAACCAGAUGGAAACCACCUCCGGGAGGUAGUUUCAUAUCCGAUCAUUAUCGCAUUUGGGCAGAUGCGUCUCAGUCUGAACUGCUCCAAACACUCAGAUCGGAUAUGACUGUCCCAGACGCUCCAAACCACCCGCCCAUUUCCAGUUGUGGAGCUACUCAUCCUUUCACAGAGAGCAUGUACAAUCUCUGAUGUCACGUCAAAAACUAUUAUUUGUAGUUUAAGUGUUGCAAAUUCGCAUUACAACAUGUUUUAAUAGCAGAAAAAAGACCGCAUUUCCAUGUACGGUGUGGGUCGCCACGUACCCUACGCCGUAGGUCUGCGUUGGUGUAACGCGGAACCAUAAAUCAGACUUCUGCAGCCCGUCAGCUCAUCAGGAGGAGAGGUUAAAGGUUAAAGGUUAGAGAGCGGGGCUGCCAGUUGUUCAUUGCUGGUUCGUUUUGUUAACUCUGAGCUUUGUUGGUUGGUUUGUUAGUUUGCUGGUGGUUUUGUUCUCAACACUUUUCUCUGUGACGCCGGUUCCCUCCUGCCGAGACACAACUUUUGCGGUAUGCGUUCAUUGUUAUGUCUAAAAAGGAUGCGCAGUGCCGACCCAAUCAGAAACAGUACAGAUAUUUUGGGAUUUUUUUAUAUAUAUAAAAAGAUAAAAUUAUAAAAAAAUAAAGGAUCCCCAUAACCUUUGAUCGGGUGGGCAGGACGCACAGCCCACCCCUGCCCCAAAACCAGCCUCGAGUUCCAGUACACAGAGGUCCGACGGGAGGAUUAGAGUGAGAUGGGGCAGUCUCAGUGUAUGUCCAGCUUUACAGGUAUGGAACAGCAUGGGAGCUGGCUCCAUAUUGUUAUUGUUUUUGAUGUCACAAUUACAUGACUUCACACAAUACACGCGCUGGGUGACGCCUCCGCUCCGACGUUGCUGCUACGGCAACCCGUCAGAUCAGUCAAUGAUGUGGCCCAGUCUGAACAGAGCCAGAUCCGAUUUGAACACUUGCUAAAAACAGUGUGGACAGUCAGCCCUGAAAAUCGGAUAUGAGAAAGAAUCAGAUAUGAAUCAGAUUUGCCUGCAGUCUGAACGCGGCUUUAGAAAUGAAGUCUGACGUUAGAAGCAUGAAAAUCCUCUUUUAUUGUUUGUGCAUGAUUUUCUAUCGAUGCUGUUGAAUAAAUGGAAAAUGGGAAAAGUCAUAUAUAUUCAUAAUAUAAGCCUUAUUUUAACUUUGCAUAUGAGCCGAGGUUUAUCUGUAAUUAUGUGUAAAUGAUUGCUUUGUUUGUUUUUGUCUCCGUAAGUCGUGACAAAAUAAAGCUCUU